AUGGCACAUGGACCAACGCCCCUGCGCCUCGAUCCCGCAUACGAGAAAUAUAACCAACUGAACAAGGAGCGAUACAAGUACUUCAAAUGGACGCCUCGGACGGCAUGGAUCUCGUUCAUGUACGCCGUGUUCGUACCAUCGGUGGUCGGCUACGUUUUUGCAAAGACUGAUGGUAAAUACGAUAUGCGAGGGAAGUUGAGGGGAGACACCAUCAGCGAGUUUUAA